AUGUUGGGGAACUAUCUAAAUGUCUCUGACGACAGUGACACUGGCUCCAAGUUGCGGGAAUGGUCUUCCCUCAUCGGCAUCGUCACCGCCAUCAUUGGCAACAUUCUCAUCUCCUUCGCCCUCAAUAUCCAGCGCUACGCCCACAUACGACUCGCUCGAGAGCAGGAAGAGCGAAAGAAGCCAUGGAGUACAGGGCACACCAAAAAUGGUCAGAAGGGCUAUGGGACCCAGCAGAGCAACAUUGCAGAAGACAGGAUAAAAGCCAACCUGAACGCCCCACUGGAGGACGGACAGCCUACAAACGGUCAGAACCCUACACAGGAGUACACACACGUACCAGGAGCGCACAAUGAAUCUACGCACUCUCGCAGCUCUUCAGAGUCUACCGUAAAGCAGUCGGAAAAGCCAGAGCCUCAAGCAGAGAAGAAGACAUACCUGAAGUCCCCCUACUGGUGGGCCGGCAUAGUUUUGAUGAUUGCGGGCGAAGCUGGCAACUUCAUCGCCUAUGGGUUUGCUCCUGCGUCCAUCGUCUCGCCUCUCGGUGUGGUCGCCUUGGUAUCAAAUUGCAUCAUAGCACCAUCUUUACUUCACGAACGCUUUCGGCAGCGAGACUUUUGGGGCGUGGUCAUUGCCAUAGGUGGUGCAGUGACGAUUGUACUCAGCGCAAAGAAUUCGGAGACGAAGAUGGGACCACACGAUGUCUGGGCAGCAAUAACGCGAUGGGAGUUUGAGAUGUACCUGGGGAUAACGGCAGCGCUCAUCAUCGUGCUGAUGUGGGCGAGUGGAAAAUAUGGGGAGAAGACGAUCUUGAUCGAUCUGGGUCUUGUUGCCCUCUGUGGAGGCUACACGGCCUUGUCCACAAAAGGCGUCGCAUCGCUACUAUCGGAUACUCUCUGGCGCGCCCUGACCUUCCCCAUCACAUAUCUCCUUGUCUUCAUACUUGUUGUGUCGGCACUGGCCCAAAUACGAUACGUUAAUCGUGCUCUACAGAGGUUCGAUUCGACCCAAGUCAUCCCUGUACAAUUCGUCCUCUUCACGAUUUCCGUCAUAAUCGGAAGCGCUGUAUUAUACCGAGACUUUCAGGCAGCUGAUGCUAGCCGGUUUGGUAAAUUUUUCGGAGGCUGUGCGUUAACAUUCUUGGGAGUGUAUCUGAUUACAAGCGGAAGAGCAGGAAAUGAUAGUGGAGAAGAUACGGACGAUCUUGACGAUGAAGAGAACACGAUAGGACUAGUGGAUGAGGAGAGAUACCAGGACGAGGAGGACCAUACGCGAAGGAAGUCAUCUGUCAGCUUCGUUCUUGACGGACCCGAUGGAUCACGACGAUCGUCCAAACAGCUAGUGAACAGGCGACCCUCAUCGACACAAACCCCACCCAGACUACUUUCACAUACAUCAACUGCAUCAUCGCGGAUGUCUGGAUCGGAGUCUCCCAUACUCGAGGACCCCCGGCAAUCGACUGGCAACGUCUCCCUCUUGAGUAGACCACGACUAGGUGACAGUGCCAUAUCAUCCCCACUGUUACCGUCCGAGGCACAACGAACCCACCCUCCAGCAACGCCCAACGGCCCGUCAAUGCCUACGCGGCCUGCAAGACUCUCAAGGCGAUCCAUGGCUCGAUUGACGCCAGGCCCCUACGUAUCACCAUUGUCAUCUUCGUUGAGUGCCGUGGUUGCAGACGAAUUACGAAGAGGUCAUGAAUCUCCAUCAACCCGGAGACGGCCAUCAGUGCUACGCAAAUCAAAAUCCCAAAGAGCCACUAUAGCGUCAAAUGGUGAAGAGACUGGCUCUACGCCUUUAAAGACAUCGCAGUUGCCAGAGGAAGCGGUAGAAGUCGACGGCGAGCGUCCACAUACUGCCAUCAGAUCACAGAGCGUCAGUGCCGAUUUUGCUAAUUUGGGUGAUUCCUCUCGUAUGAAUCGGGAAGGGAGUAAGGGGAAAGCAAACGAGAGGGAUGAAAAUGAUACCCCGCAACGAUUGCAUGUAUAG